AUGAAGCUUCAUUCUAUCUUGACUCUCUUGGCUGCCAUUGCUGGUGCCCAACAAACCAUCGCCGAUUGCACUGAUGAAGAGAUCAAACAUGAUGAGUGCUACUUUCGAAGGAGGCUGGCUACCAAUGAAGAAUCAUGGGUAUCCAUCAAAGACCCGUGCAAUGAAAGGGCUUACAAGCUAUCCCUUUAUGUGAACACUCAUGUGUACCUGAUUGCAUCUCCCCAGGAGAACGAGGCCAACUCCCAAUUGCAGGACUGCCCACAUGUUGUCAUGGAUGCCAAGUUUGGCACUGGCAUGUCGGAAGGCUCCAAGAUGGUUACUGUGCUUGCAGACAGUGAGCUCAAUGAGCUGUUGGGUCAGAGGAAAGUCACCCUCUCUCAAGACUUCUUUGAGGUCUCAGGUGACUAUAUGUUGCCAGAUCUUCACUUUGCUGUAGACAAUGCAAAAGUGAAGGAAGAUGGGAUCUACAACUUUUUCACCAACAAUUGUGCCAUCUUUGUCAAGAGCAUUGGAGCCAACUUGGGCAUCACAUGGAAUGAAAAUGAAAAGGCAGCCUUUCGCGAGUAUGCCACUGGUCAGUUGAUGUCAUCCAAGGAAGCUGUCCGCAGAAUGUCAAGUUUGCGACGUCUUGGUGUGGACAUGAAGUCUGUUGUGGACCGUGCGGUGCAUUCCAUUACCAGUGACUUGCCAGAGAACUAAUCGAUCAGCCACAGGCUUGAAUGAAUGAUCUAUCUAGCUACCCUACCGUACUAGACGUACUAAUGAAUAAAUGUGCCCCUUGA